CACGUAAAUCCUCCUAGUCAACCCACUAAAAGUCGUCGUCGAUUAGUCAGAACAACAAGAUUCCAUAAGAAUCGAACCAAUUUAGCCCUUUUCAUUCAUUAAUCAUUCUUUAAUCUCCUAAAAAUCAUGGAGUUUUUCAACAAAGCCAAAGUCGUCAGACUCCGGAGCCACCUUAACAAAUUCUUGGUCGCCGACGAAGAUGAACACACCGUCCGGCAAAGCAGAAACGGAUCUGCAAGGAAAGCACGAUGGAUGGUGGAGACGGUGGAAGGGAAAAACCAUGUUAUCCGCCUCAAAAGCUGCUCCUCCGGUAAGUACCUCACUCCCUCCAGCGAACCGUUUCUGACUGGUCUGACCGGAAAGAAGGUGGUGCAAGACAUUCAGGCGAACAAACGUGACACCUCCAUCGAGUGGGAGCCGAUUAAGGAAGACGAGUUGGUGAAGUUGAGGGCUAAUAAUGGGAAGCUCUUGAGGGGUAACGGCGGCACGCCGCCGUGGCGAAACUCCGUCACCCAUGACCUCCCUCACCGGACAGCAACCCAGGACUGGGUGUUGUGGGAUGUCGAAGUGGUUGAUAUCGCUGUUUUAGAUUCACAAGAGUCGAUGGCAAGUAAUCUAUCGCCGGCAUCCAGCUUUUCGUCGGCGCCGGAGAUAUCGAGGGUUAGGGCGGAUAGUCGCAUGUCUGAGGUUUCUUAUAAAGGGUCGCCACGUGUAAGCUCAAGACAGAGCGGGAUGGAGUUUUUUCAUGGAGCUAAAGCGGUUAGACUACAAGGUUUCCAUAACAAAUAUCUAGUGGCGGAUGAUGACGAAGAAACUGUUCGACAAAACCACAACGCGUCAUCUGCAAAGGCACGUUGGACUGUCGAGUUCGUGGAGAAAAACCCUAAUGUCAUUCGGUUAAAAAGUUGUCAUGGCUUGUACCUUAGUGCCACAAAUGAGGCGUUUCUACUUGGUAUGACUGGAAAAAAGGUAAAACAAUAUCAUUCUAAAGUUCCGGAUCAUACAACAGAAUGGGAGCCGAUAAGGGAAAGUGCGCUUCAAAUAAAGCUUCAAACAUACGAUGGGAAAUUCUUGAGGGCAAAUGGUGGAACCCCACCUUGGAGGAAUUCGAUAACACAUGAUGUACCUCAUCGAACUGCGACACAAGACUGGGUGUUGUGGGGAGUUGAUAUCGUUGACAUAUCUUUGUCAGAUACUGAGUCUGUAAUGAGUUCGUUAUCGAGUUUUUCGUCGAUGGUUGACAGUUACGCAGGAUCACCGGAUACCGGAUCUCCGCAAAUGAAUUCGAAUUCGCCAAAAAAUAGGUCGCCAUUGGUUGUAGCCUCCUCCUUCAACAGUAAACAACCAAAAUCGAGUAGUGGAAUGGAGCUCUUCCGAAAGGCGAAAUCGGUCCGACUAAAGAGCCACCACGACAAGUACCUCUUGGCGGAGAGCGACGGCGAAAGUGUGCUACAAGAUCGGAAUGACGCAGCGAAGAAAAGCAUUUGGAUGGUUGAAUUUGUUGACGGAUUCGACAAUGUCCUCCGAUUGAAGUCCAGUUACGGGAAGUAUCUCACCGCAUCUGAAGAUCAAGUAAUCAUCGGUUUCACUGGUCGGAAAGUCGUUCAAAGUAUGCCGCAGAAGCUGGAUUCAUCAAUCGAAUGGGAACCGAUACGAGACGGGUUUCAAGUUCGUCUCAAAACCCGAUAUGGAAACUAUCUACGAGCUAAUGGUGGGUUGCCUCCAUGGAGAAAUUCAGUUACUCAUGACAUUCCUUACAGGCAUCACGAUUGGAUUUUGUGGGAUGUUGAAACUGUUGAGGCUAGACCAGAGGAGCGGGAACCGCCGCCGUCGUCGCCACCAUCCGAAACGGUAAACCCAGAUCUAAACUCUUCCUCAUUUUCUCUUAGAAGCUCCGGAUCUGGCCUUACCGAGGGAAAUGAUCUACCGGCUGCAAAGAAGGAAGGGAGGAUGGUGUAUUACACGGUGGCGGAUGAUGAUGGGAACGUUGAUGAUGGUCAUGAAGAAACAUCGUUUGUAUUCAAGGGGAAUGGAUUAGAGGAUUUGACUCGGAUUUUGGAAGAACAAACAGGGAUUAAUGAUAUAAUUGUGUGCUCGAGGAAUCCAUUGAAUGGGAAGCUUUUUCCACUCCGGUUAGCGUUGCCACCCAACAACACCACCAUGCACAUUGUGGUGGUUCCUACGACUUCGAAAGUUGUGAGAGGAUUUUAGCCGAUUUCAACAUGGUCAGCAAAUUUUGGUUUUGUGGGUACGGAGAAGAUGAGAGUAUAUGAAGGGGAUAUUGUGGUUUUGAUACAAGCUUUUCUUCAUAUGUAUAGUAGUGAAUUGUAUUUAGCAUUUGGUGGUAAUUGAUUUGAUUUUUGAAGCAUUUGUUAUUUAUAUUCUUUUCGAAUAAAAUAUUUUUUUGGUUUGUGUUA